UCAUUACAAAAAAAUGUAAGGACCUCUGCUGUUUUCUGAGAUCUGAGAGUUAUUUCAAAAUCUUUCAAAACUUUUCAAUCUUUCAAAACUUGCUUGAAUUUUUUUCUCAAAAUCUUUCAAAACUUUUCAAUCAAAACUCUUUCUAUUCUAUCGCCACCCGCGCGGCCGCGCCUGAGCGAAUCACCGGUCACAGACGGUUUCUCGCGCCCGACCGCAAUGGAUUGGGCUGCUGUGCAUAAGAUCUGGGACAAAUGGGCAUCUAACCACAUUGGUUGUUCUGAUCGACAUUUGAAGGCUGCUUUGCUUCUAAACUAUGAUCCAACUGGACCCUCUCGCCUUCUAUCUACCAUUGCAGAGCAAGAGGGGAUAAAUGCAGAUCUUACAGAAUUGAGUCAACUUGUUAACUUUGUUAAGAGAAAUAAGCUCCAGAGUGAGCUUUUUUGUCUCAGGCAGAAUCAAUAUCUUGUCACAUCAAUUCAUGAGACCUGGUUCUGUGCAAGAAGCAUGGACACUUCUAAACCUGCUGGUGAAGGUGUAAUUGUUAUGAAAACUGCAGCAUUCCUCUUGAUUGGACUGUAUGAGGGCUCCAUAGGCCCAUCAACUCGAGCAAUGGCAGCUCUCGACCAGCUUGUUUCUCAACUAAGUCGAAGAAAUCUUUAAAUUUGUGAUGUUUGGUUGUCUCAUAUGAAUUUCAGUAACUAAAUUUCCAUCUAAAAAACAUUAUCACCUCUGUCCCAGGGAAAAAGAGUCAAAUUUCAUCAACAUUUUGAUUUUGGUAAGGUACAGUCUUUAAAACUGUCAAUCUUACUUAUAUUUUAAAAUUUGUUUGCUUUGUCAUCUAAGUUAAAACACUUCUUUGUAACCUUUUCUUUCUUUUUCCUUUAUUUUUCUGAAAAAAUUACAAUUCACAUU